AUGUUCAGUGCUAUAUUUGCGAAGCUCCAUCCCAUCUCAGGUGCAUUCGGUCUAACGCAACGGAACGGCGUAUUUCUAUCUUCUGCGAAGAACGAAUGGGCCGUUGGCCGUGGGUCGAGCUUAGACGCACCUCCUGACGUUUGGAUCGAUCACUCGAGGCGCAACACCAGUUCCACUCAUGCCAUCGUGAUAUGGCACCCUGAGAGCCAUUCGGCCGUGCUCAAGGAUUGCGACAGCCGGAAUGGUUCAUACGUCAACGGAUGCAGAGUGCCGCCUGGUCAGUGCGUCGAGUUGAAGGAUGGAGAUAGAGUUUGGUUGGGACCAGUCGACGACUCGCUGUCUUGUGGUUUCUCGUACCAAUAUUUAUGGGGAAGCUACAACCCCUUUCUAUCCGAAUACGGGUGCGAAGCGAAGUUAGGUUCAGGCUCUUUCGGCGACGUCUACAAGUUCUUUCGUCGUUCUCGCCCGUCGGAAGUCUACGCCGUCAAGGUUCUCGACUAUAGCGUGUCGGGCGGAAGAAACAGCUACAAUGACGCUAUAACGGAGAUGAACCUGUCCCGGAAAGCGCGUACCCAUCCGAAUAUAUGUGCAGUCAUCGAAGCUUUCCAGGAUGAUGAACACGAAACCUUAUACCUCUUGAUGCCGUACAUGCCGCUCGGAGACCUCACACAGCAUUUCGCCGACCACACCGGUAUUGGCAUCUUGCGUCUACGUAUCGCCAUCAAGCAGCUAUGUGAUGCGUUGGGUCACAUCCACUCCUACGGAAUCACACACAGAGACGUGAAACCUGCCAAUAUCCUCGUCAAGUGUUGGUCGCCGCUCGUAUUCGCUCUUGCUGACUUCGGAGCGUCGUACGAAACGAAGGAUGACGAGAAUUCCGAAAUGCAUUCUUUGAUAGGAAGUUUCUCUUACAUGGCGCCUGAAGUCGGGAAUUCGACCGGGUACACUAACAAAGUCGACUCAUACAGUAUUGGCGCAACCGGGUUGCAUCUGCUGGUUGGACUUCGGCAUAACCUUUUUGAUGAUUCGGGGGUUUUCUUCUCGAUCUCUGCAUUGAGGGAGUGGUUCGACUCGCGAAAGAUCAGAUGGGAGCUUGCGGAAAGCAGGGGUCUGCCGCCUGAUGGAUAUCGUCUACUCGAGGGGUUACUGGACUCUGAUCCAGAGAAUCGAUGGUCAAUGGCGCAAGUGGCUACCUUUCCAUGGAUAAGGGAUGUGCAAGAUGUCGACGAAUGUGAAUUGAAGAUUGAGCCGACGGUCGACCUCAAACUCGGUGUUGCGUCCUCCGCCGUCGAAUCGCCCCUCGUCGUAGAGCCACUCGAUGCUACACGUCUCUCUCAGGGACGGGUGUCUCGUUUGGCGUUCCUGCCUUCAAAUACCGCAAUCCGCUCUGUAACUGUCAAGUCUACCUACGCAACAGCGUUAUCCUGCCCUUCGUUGUCUGGGCCCUCACCCAAGUCUCGUUCGGCCAACCGCGAUCAUGUACCGCCUGUGCGCGACGGUGUCCGAAGGUCUCCUCGUCAGCAGGCAGAUCAAUAUAUCCAACAAGCACGCGAAAGAGCUGAACAGAGGGCGGACGCUGAGGCUCGCUUCUUUGGAAUGGGUAAGGCGAAAGCGCCUAAAGGAAAGGGCAAGCAGGCGAAGAAGCGUGCGGCCUGA